UUAAAUAAAUACAUAUACAUGAUGCAAAGUCAUGGUCUCUUACUCUGUUCCUCUCUAUAUAUUUGUAUGAGCAAAUUCCAUCUCUGACUUUUCUGUACAAAUUACUGAAAACAAGGUAACCUUUUCAUCAAAAACCUAUAGCCUGUUCUUCACAAGAAAUUUUCAUGGGCUUCCACAACAAAUCUUCGGACGGAAUAACACAAGAAAGAGAAGAAGCUACUAUUGGAGAUGAGAAUCAACCAAGAGCUCUACUUGAUCGGUCACAAAUUUUUGAGACACAAAACUGGUGGAUCUGGAUCUUUAUCAGUUCGGGUUUGGUCGUAACCGGACGAGUUUUAUCCACACUUCUUCUAAACUUCUACUUCAUCCAAACAGGAAGAGAUGUUUGUGACGACCCAAAACAGUUUAAGGGCACAUGGCUUAUGUCUAUGGUCCAAAACGCUGCGUUUCCAUUUACAGCAUUUCUUCUCCUCUUAUGGCGUUCUUUAUUCUCCAACCAUAGAGAAACUCUCUCUUCUUCCUCUUCUUAUUCUUCUUCUUCUUGCUCUUCUUUUGGCAAACUCUUUCUUCUUUACAUCUCUCUUGGCGUACUUUUUGCUGCUUAUAGUCAACUCUAUGCAAUUGGAAGAACGCAUUGUGUGUUCUUCUUUUGGAUCUUUACAACACAGUUGAUUUUCACUUCCAUAUUUACAGCAAUUAUCAACAAACACAAAUUUAACCGUUGGAUUAUAUUAUCCAUCAUCCUUUCUGGAGUUGCCACAGGCAUAACAUCUUCAGAUGAUGCCUAUUAUCCCUGCGAAGGUGAAGGCUGGAAAAUGAGUUAUGGUGCGUGGUGUGCCUUCUUUGGUACGCUAGCCUUCUCUUUAUCUCUAUGUAUCAUGCAAUUAGGAUUCCAAAAGGUCAUACCUAACAGUGAGAGUAAAGUUUCCGCGGUCCUGAUGAUGCAAACCAACGCUUCUGUGAUUGCAACGUUCAUAUGUUUGGUUGGAUUAUUUGUAAGCCGAGAAUUCAAAGAUAUCAAGGAAGAUUUUGAGACGUUUAAGCAUGGGAAACCACUGUACGUUUUGAGUCUAAUCGGAUUAUCACUUGCGUGGCAAGUAAUGUCUUUAGGGCUUGUGGGUCUUGUGUGUUUGGCUUCUUCUCUUUUCUCUAAUGUCGUCAGCUUCUGCGCUACACCUUUAGCAAAUAUUCUCGUUGUGUUGGCGUUUCAGUUUAUGGAUGAUGACAUUGAAUGGUUUAAGGGAGGAGCUUUGUUAGCUGGGAUACUUGGGUUUUCAUCUUAUGUAUAUUCCUUGCACAAGUCUAUCAAGAAAAAGGAAAUGGAAAGCCAAUGAGAGUUUGAUUAAUGAUAUGUAUAUAGAAAGUGUGUAUUGUAA